CAGUGGCUGGGCGGAGACCUAUGCGGGAGCCUCCAGGGCUGGCCCCAGAGCCAUCAUGAGCUCCCAAAGGCCUCCAGGCCGGGUCUUUCCACCCAGCACCAAGUCUUUCAACAUGAUGUCCCCAACGGGUGACAACUCAGAGCUGCUGGCUGAGAUCAAGGCAGGCAAGAGCCUCAAGCCCACCCCGCAGAGCAAGGGGCUGACCACAGUGUUCUCCGGCAGCGGGCAGCCGGCCUCCCAGGUAGGCGCCGGAACGGCGGGGCCCCCCAGCGUCCCUGGCCGGCCCUGUGCUCAGCACGGCCGCUGUGCCCUCCCGCAGCCCGACUCACCGCAGCUGCCGGUGUCUCCCACGCCGUCUCGGCCCAGGAGCCCCACCCCGCCGUUUGCGGGGUCCCAACCGGUGCUCAACGGCAGCUUGGUGCCGGCCCCGCCGGCCACUCCUGCGCCGGGUGUGCAACUGGACGUGGAGGCGCUCAUCCCCACCCACGACGAGCAGGGCCGGCCCAUCCCCGAGUGGAAGCGCCAGGUGAUGGUUCGGAAGCUGCAGCUGAAGAUGCAGGAAGAGGAGGAGCAGAGGCGGAAGGUGGAGGAGCAGGAGCCCCGGCUGGCCGCAAGACUGGUAGACUUAGACACUUGGGGUCCUUCACGCAGAGUUCCACCUUGCCCUCAUCCCCUGGCUUGGCUGGGUGGCAUAUGGAGGCAAGAAGAGGCACUCAGCACCCACGUCUGGGGAACACAGGGCUGCAGAAUCUAA